AUGUCUUUUGCACGCCUAGCUCUUUUCGCUUCAUUCCUUUCGGGGUCCCUUGCACUUCCAUCCGAGCUGAGCCAGAGGCAAGCUGCCGCGACAAAUCCUAACGCGGCACUUCCUGGGUGGACUUUUGUUGGUUGCUUCACCGAUGCUGCUCCUGCAACCCGUACUCUCCAGGAACACACCAUCACCAACCCAGGCAUGACUCCCCUGUUGUGCACCGAGUUCUGUGGUAACUUCACCACACCGCUCAACUUCGCUGGAACAGAGUUCACCGAUGAGUGUUUCUGUGACUUCAACAUUCAAGGAACGGCUGUCAAGGUCAACGACACGUUGUGCAAUUUCCCAUGUGGGGGUGAUAGCACUCUCACCUGUGGAGGAGCUUCGUUGAUCAGCAUAUUCCAAAAUAACAACACUGGCGUUGGCCCACUUCCGACUAACAAAGCUAAGGUCGGAAACUUUACCUUUGAUGGAUGCUUCAAGGAUGUCGAUGGUACAGAUACACGAACCUUGCUUGAAUCCUUCACCGUUCAGGGUGGAGUGACUAUUGAGGGUUGCACUGGGACCUGCCUCGCGAACGGAUUCACAUUCGCUGGUUUGGAAUUCGGCGAAGAAUGCUGGUGUGGCAACGGAUUCAACCUUCCUCUAGCCAAUAUCACCGCCCCCCUCGGAGAUUGCUCCAGAGCUUGUGAAGCAAACCCCACAGAGCUUUGCGGGGCUGCAAACAGGUUGUCCGUAUACUCCAUCCCACCCCCCGUCGUUAGCAGCUCCGCCCCACCAACCACGAGUGCUCCCCCUCCUACUACCAGCACAACUGCGAAGCCGAGUACUACUGCUGUCCCUCCUACCACCAGCACCACCUCGAAACCACCCACAACAACUGCUCCACCACCCACAACAUCGACUACGGCCAAGACCACUGCAACUUCUGCCCCACCAACCACCACCACCAAGGCAGCUUAA